AUGAGCGACACCAUUCAAGAGAUGGAUUCCGUUCUCGGCGCCUGGGAGUCCGCUCUCCUCAGAAUCCGCAAGUGCAAGCAGGAGCUUGAGGCCCAGCUUGCCGCUCCUGGUGCGCAGGCUGUCGGCGUUUUGAGGAGCUUCUACGAGACGGUCAAUUCCGUCAAGGAGAAACUCAACCAGCAACCUGCUUCAGUCGAAGCUCUUUCCGAAGUCGAGGUCUUAAUCGCCGCUGCUUCUUCAACUCCCUUCACGCCCGCCGCCAACAAGACCCUGGCCGAAACCCUCGUUCCAGAGAACCCCGUUGCCGUUCCCUCAAUUCCCUCCACCGGCGAGAGCCCCGAGCUUCCCCCUGCCACGGUCGAGCGCGAGUCUGAGUCCGAGGAGCAGUCCGACCAUGAUCAAUCCGCUACUCCCCGCUCUUCUUCCAACACGGCUGCUAUCACCACGGCCAAUGCCACCACCACUCCCUCCGCCUCUAUCGACACCCAGAGUCAUGAGGUCAACCUCAACAACAACAACAACAACAACAACAACAACAACAACAACAACGACAAGGGCAAAAACAAGCCCGUCGACACUACCCCAACCAAGACCACAGCCCAAUCUAGUGGCAACAACAACAUCAACAUGAACAAGUCCGGAUCGGGUUCAAUUCCCUCCAAAAAGGACACCACCAAAGACAAGGGCAAAGCCACAGCCCGAUCCCCCUUUUCCGACCCCUUCUCUCCCUUGACCAUGGACAAUAUUACCAAGACCGUCCGUGGCAGCAGAUUUGGCGCCCGGCUUCCCUUCAUCAAGCCUGUUGAUGCUCUCAACUACGCCCGCGCCACCGGUACUCCUUUUGGUCGUCGUUCGGUGUCUGGUCCCAGCCGUCUUGAGCAGCAGCAGCAGCGUGCUGUUACACCCGAGCCUAUGUCUGAGGUUGAGGAAGAGUCAUCGGAGGAGGACGAGGAGAAGUCAACGUCCAGCGUUUACUUGUCGCUUUUGGAGUCGCCGCAUCGCGCUUUGUCGGCUACUCCUGAUGCUUCUUCCACGCCUGGCCCUGCUUUUGCUGGAGCUGCGGCUGCUAGGGAUGGUGCUGGCGGCAGUCCUACCCCCGCGGUCGGCAAAGAGCUGGAACAGGAGGAGGCGAUUGCGGGAGCUGCUGCUGAUGAGAGAGAGCACGAUGUCGAUGGCGUUGAGGCUGAGGGCGAGACUGCGACUUUUGCAACUGCUAUUGGGGCUAGCAGCAGCAGCGAGAGCGGAUCUGGAUCUGGGUCCAAGCAUGAUGUCGUCUCCAACAUCGACGAUACCAUGGAAAUUUGGGAUGGUGACAAGGAGACACAGGGAAACUCGAGCAAUGUUGUGGAAGGAACUGGCGAAGACAAGACCAGCAAUACUCCUGCAAAGGUGAAGAAGGGCACAACCAAAUCCAGCAGCGGUUCUGGUUCGAUACCCUCCAAGAAAGAUUUGAAGGGCAAAGGCAAAGCGAUUGCCAGGUCCAGGUCUUCCUCUCCUGGCUCGCCCUCCCCGAGGAACGAUAACCACAAAGUCAUGAAGAACAUCAGCAGCAAGACUGCAAAGAACAGCAGCAGCAACAGCAAUAACAAAGCAAUGAAGAGCGGCAAGAACAAGGAGAACCAGCCAUUCUCCAGACGUAGCACUAGCCCAGCCAUAGCGAGCUCGUCUAAGGCCAAGACUGCAUCCAACAGCGUUGACAGCAACAACAAACCCAACAACAACAUCGAAGAGGAGAUCGUUGUUGAAGAACACAAAGGAAAGGGGAAAACAAUCGACACCCCAACUCCUGUUCCUGCCACCACCAUAGCUAUUACUGUGGAUAUCGAUGAGAUGGCCGGUGUCGAAGUCAACAAUGGCCUCGAUAAAAAUUCGGAAAGCGCCAGCAACAGCGCUACUACUACCAACAGCAAAACCGGCAACAACAACAAAGCCAGCGGAUCCGGCCGCGGCAAUAUCACCAACAAGAAGGACCUCAAGGGCAAGGGAAAAGCCAUCUUCCCUCCUCCCUCCUUACUCCCUCCCCCUUCUUAUUCUUCCGCCGGCCCUGUCACAGCUGGCCUUUCUUCCACCGCCGCCAACCCUUACGCCGGCCCCAACUCCCCCAACCCUUCUGCCGGCCCCUCCACCGCCGCCGCCGCUUCUUCUUCUUCCGCCAACCCCCCUGCCGCCGCCUCUUCUUCUUCCUCCCCCGCCAUCCCCCAAACCAACAAAGGCGACAAAAUCACCAAGCGCCGCGAUCGCCCUACAAUCAAGCGCUCGCUCGCCAAAAAGGGCGCCCACUGGACUUUCAAGCUGGAAGCCCAAUUCGCCCUUUCACCCGCUGACGUCGAAACCAGCCGCGACAAGUACUUCAUCCUGUGCUGUCCGGCGCCCAGCUGCCCUGCGCCCAACUUUGGGGGUAAACACCCGUUCCGCGAGGGACGGGCUUUGGCGCAUUUUGCUGCUCCGGCUCGGUCUGGGACUGAGGCUGAGAAGAAGGCAGAUGAGAAGAAUGAGGAUGAGGAUGAUGAUUCGGACUUGUAUUCGAAUUAUGAUGACUCGGAUGAGGAGGGGAAGGAAAAGUCAGCUGGCAUGGACAUGGGCAAGAGGAACGCUUGUCUGAUGGCGAUCGAUGAGGAGGAGGGUGUUGAGCACGCAGCUGAUAGUGAUGGGGAUGUGGAGAUGACCGAGGCGGACAUCUUUGAGAGGUUUGGAGCGGAAGUUGUGCCGGACCAGAAAAGGUGGAAGGUCGAUGAAAAGUGGGCCAUGAACAACAAUCGCGAGUUGUGCAAGAAGAAGAGGGGAGAGGAGAAAUAG